AUGACAAGCGAAGCAGAAGAGUUGAUGCAACUCUUCGCCGGAAGCGCCACUGAGAGUGAGGAUACUCUCAGUGCCAAGACGAACAAGGAGCGCUUCGAGGAGCAGGGUUGGGACUCACUGAAGUCGAGUCCCUAUUACGAGAUUCUGCGCAGGGACGAGCUCCCGGACGAGAUCCCUGCGGAGCUUCCGCAGGACAAGGGAAUACAGCACGAGAUUGAUCUCGUGCCAGGAACGAAGUAUUGCGUGACGCGGCAGUGGCCACUGCCGCGGGAGCAAGUGAAGGCAAUCGACGACAUCUUCGAAAUUCGUCGCAAGGCAGGACAAGUGCGGGAAUCAAAGUUCCCGUACGGCACACCAACAUUCUGUGUCAAGAAGCCACAGGGUGGUUGGCGCAUCGUU